GGGAAAUUACAGGAGUAUACUUCUGUGGAUAUCAUUAAACAGAGGGGAAAGCAGAUUAAUGAUCAUAAGGAACAGACACUGAAGGCACACAGAGGCACUUAAAUAAUUUCUCCAUAGUCGAAUGUAAAGAUCUCCAUGGUAACUCAAGCCCCCAGACUCUUCUCACCAGCCUGCAAGAAGCAGUUUUCAACAUCUCAGAGGUCUCACGACCAGAGAGUGGAUCGCCCUUCUGGAAAACCUCAUCGUAUUGAGGUGGGGUUAAGAUGAGCAUAACCAGUGACGAAGUGAAUUUCUUGGUGUAUCGCUAUCUCCAGGAGUCAGGUUUCUCCCAUUCAGCCUUUACAUUUGGAAUAGAGAGUCAUAUUAGCCAGUCCAACAUCAAUGGAACACUAGUGCCACCUGCUGCCCUCAUCUCCAUCCUUCAGAAAGGCCUGCAGUAUGUGGAAGCUGAGAUCAGCAUCAAUGAGGAUGGUACAGUCUUUGAUGGCCGACCUAUAGAGUCUCUAUCUCUGAUUGAUGCAGUAAUGCCUGAUGUAGUGCAGACCCGUCAACAGGCUUUCAGGGAGAAAUUAGCUCAGCAGCAAGCCAGUGCCGCACCAGCCGCCACAAUAGCAGCUGUCACGACAGCGGCAACAACAGCAACGACAACGGCUGUCCAGCAGCAGAACACACCAAAGAAUGGGGAAGCCACUGUGAAUGGAGAGGAGAAUGGGGCACAUGUAAUAAAUAAUCAUUCAAAGCCAAUGGAAAUUGAUGGGGAUGUUGAAAUUCCUCCUAAUAAAGCAACAGUCCUUCGUGGACAUGAAUCUGAAGUCUUUAUCUGUGCCUGGAAUCCUGUCAGUGAUCUGCUAGCAUCAGGGUCUGGAGACUCAACAGCCCGAAUAUGGAAUCUUAAUGAAAACAGCAACGGCAGUUCCACUCAGCUAGUUUUGAGGCACUGUAUAAGAGAAGGAGGCCACGAUGUCCCCAGCAAUAAGGAUGUAACGUCAUUGGACUGGAAUAGUGACGGAACGCUAUUGGCAACAGGAUCAUACGAUGGCUUUGCAAGAAUAUGGACAGAAGAUGGGAACCUUGCAAGCACCUUAGGUCAACAUAAAGGGCCCAUCUUUGCUCUGAAGUGGAACAAAAAGGGGAAUUACAUUUUAAGUGCUGGUGUUGAUAAAACAACAAUAAUUUGGGAUGCUCAUACAGGAGAAGCUAAACAGCAGUUUCCUUUUCACUCAGCCCCUGCUCUGGAUGUAGACUGGCAGAACAACACUGCUUUUGCAUCCUGCAGCACUGAUAUGUGCAUACACGUUUGCAGGCUUGGCUGUGAUCGUCCCGUCAAAACCUUUCAAGGCCAUACUAACGAGGUCAAUGCAAUCAAAUGGGAUCCAUCUGGUAUGCUUCUAGCGUCUUGCUCAGACGAUAUGACGUUAAAGAUAUGGAGUAUGAAGCAAGAUACAUGUGUACACGACCUUCAGGCGCAUAACAAAGAGAUUUAUACUAUCAAAUGGAGUCCAACGGGACCAGGCACUAGCAACCCAAACUCCAAUGUUAUGUUGGCAAGUGCUUCGUUUGACUCUACUGUUCGAUUGUGGGACGUUGAAAGGGGAGUCUGCACUCACACAUUAACCAAACAUCAAGAACCUGUCUACAGUGUAGCUUUUAGUCCGGAUGGAAAAUACUUAGCAAGUGGGUCUUUUGACAAAUGUGUCCAUAUAUGGAAUACUCAGAGUGGAACUCUGGUUCAUAGCUACAGAGGCACUGGGGGAAUAUUUGAAGUCUGCUGGAAUGCUAGAGGAGAUAAAGUGGGAGCCAGCGCAUCCGAUGGAUCGGUUUGUGUUCUAGACUUGCGAAAGUAAAUGCUUUAGACGAAAUUGCAAACGGACCAGCAGUUGAAUGUGUGGGUAGAAGCAUUCUUCAAAACUAUUCUUGACAUCUCUAGGACUGCAAGAACUGGGGGGAAACAAACAGGAACAGGGGGAAAGCUAGAGUGUGGAACAGAAGCAGCUCUCCCAGGUGCCUGAAGUCUGCAAUGUUUUGUCCAUAACAUUCACAAAGGAGUCAAAUAACAUACAGUCACUU